CCUUUUCAGAACAUUCCAAGAACGUUCUCUAGAGGUCGGAGCCUUCAGGGAACCUUUAUGGAACGUUUCCUGAACUUUCCAUGUUUGCUGGGGAGUUUCCUCACAGCGCAACAAUUACAGGAUAUGCAGUGUCUCCCUCAUGGUCUGCCCUGCUCCGCUGCCAGUACAGCAACCACAUAUUGUUCAAAGUAAUUUUUGUCUGUGUAAUGUUUAUCGUUCAAUUUUCUAAGCACAGACGGAUAUUUGGAGUUCAAAUAUCCAAAGUUGGCAUUAUGAAAUUACUGCUCCUGGACUCAAUUCAAUAUUGUAGUGAUUCUCUCUCCAGUUCCCGAUGAGGAUUAGUAAGACACCGAAUCAGCCUACGAAAAUUACCAAAAGUCCAAAAUAAUCCUAAAAAUAUUCAAAUGUAAAACAACUUAUAACGAAUUAUCAGAACUACAUAACUAUCAGAAACAGAUAUUAAACAUUUCACUUAGCUUGUUCAAAUGUGUUUUUAUUAGGGCUGGUACUUUAAUGUGUUAAUUUUUUAAAUGCGUUAUUAUUUCUGUAAUUAAUCAAAAUUAAUGCAUUUUACUUGCACUAUUCUGUCCUUGCUAAUGUGAUUGUGCAGUUUUUAGCUUGGCAGACAGCUAACAGGCUCCUCCAAUAAACAUCUGGGAAGCAAACCUUGCAGUUUGAGACGUUUACUAAAAGAGGUACUCUGAAACUGAACACAUAAUAGGCCUACAUAUUUUACAACAUAAGAACAUAAGAACUAUACAAACGAGAGGAGGCCAUUCGGCCCAUCAACUCAAACAAUACACAAUAAAUACUUUGCACUUACAAAUGGUUAAAUUAACUAGCGACUAGCGGAAUGCUAAUUGUUUAUAUUAGCUUUUUCACAGCUUGCGAACCGCUUAACAGCUUAUCAGGUAAGUAUUUAAGGUAAGUAAUUAUACCAUUUUAGAUGGUUGACGACACUUUAUCUUGAACUGUUGGUCAACUGUUACGCUGGUCAGACAAAGCGUAUAUGUAAUACUCGUAUUGCAAGACCUCACUCGUUUAUCAAGUUAAAAUUAAUUUAGCAUUUUUACUCGUCUUGCAAAACACUCGCAAAUCAAGUUACUUGCAAUAUGAGGUUUGACUGUAACUGUUUUAUGUUUCAUUGUUUUGUUACUAUUUAACAUUUGUGUAUGUGCGACUUCAAGGAAACACUAUUACUUUAUUAAGGAUUAAAAAACAGUCCAGCACUGUGUGGAAACACAGCACUUUAUAUGUGCACUUAUAAUCACUUUACCAGGGUCAGGUCACUAGCAACCGGCACUUUUUUGGAUAAUAAAUAACUGUAGAACAUUUUGUCUUAAAUCUAUGGUAAAUUGUUUCUGAUGAAGGGUGAUUGUGAUACCAAUACUUGUGAUAAUCUGGAAACAACCAGCCAGCAAAUAAGUUCUAUCUCAGACUUGUGAAAUGUGAAAUGCUGUUUAGUAGUGAUGGCCAAAACAGUGCUUCAUGAAUCAUUUUCAGUAUUUUUCAAUUUAAAUUAUAUUUCCACAGCUAGUUCUGGCAAUAGUAGUGGUCAUGAAAAAUAAUUACCCUGUACCAUGCAUUGAUCACUAACUGCUAUUCUGCUUCAGCUAACAGCAUUGUAAGGAAUUGUGGUUUUGAUACACACUUCAGAUAAGUAAUGAUAUCUCAGCAACAACUUUGCAUUUUCAAUAGUAUGGCAAGUACAGGUGUCUGCAAUGAUAUUAAUGAAGCUUCCAUUAAAUUUCAUUCUAGCAUAUUUGUAACCUUAAUUAAUGUUAUUACUUACACCUGUGCUUGUUAUACUAUUUCAUUAAAAAGGCCCGUUAGUGAUAUGAAACCAUGUGACGCUACAUUUACAUCAAGAUAUCUCAACAACACCUUAAAAACCAAAGACCAAAUUUUCUGGAGAUGUUCAUGACAUUAUGAUCUAGCUUUAGUAAAAAAUUGAGCAAUUUUGAUCUGUAGGUGUUUUUGUUAUUGAAUAUUUAAUAUUUUAAUUGGUUAUUACAUAGUAAUUAUUCAUAUGGGCAUAGCAUGUUAUUUAUUCAGUCUAUAGAACUGGACAAUAGCUUUAAAACAUCUGUGUCUGAAUGUGAAUUUUGUUUCUCUGCCAAAGAAGAUACAUUAUUUGAAAUAUGAAUAUCAGUACUUAGUUAUUAAAUGCCAUCUAACAAGACCCAUAGGGCCUUGACAACCUGCAUAGAUAAGUAGGUAUGUCUUAAUGUUGAAAAGCUUGAGAACCAUGGCCUAUAAAAGAGACUGCCAUAUGUGUCUGCAGUAGCUUGUAUUUGCUCUAAAGCUGUUGAAGCUUUGCUCACAGUACUGGUAUGUUUACUUUUCUUUUAUUUCUUUCUUGCAUCAUGUUAGUCUUGCUGUUGUGCUUGGUGCAGCAAUUAAGGAAUUGGGCUUAUAACCUAGAGGUGUGGGCUUGAACCCCAUCACACCUGCUAUCUUUAGCCUCUGUGACAUUUUGUACAUGGCCACUGUGUUGAACUUUGUCAAUGCUAGGUGCUGUAGGUAAAAACAUCUGGGCAGUUGAUUAGCAACUGUGAACUCAAGGGGAAAAUCUGGUGGAUAAUGAUAUUGUCCUGGCUCGUUGUUUGGUUCUCUUAAGGUAAUUUAAACAGGCUUGUGCAAAGACUGCCACUUCCACUUGGCCUCAAAACCAGUAAUGCUCAGUAUUUCACAACAUUUUUCCACAGAUCAAAAAUCUGCAAUUGUUGUUAUUUUCAGUAUAUUUGCAGAUAUCUGUGAUGAAUCCCUUGCGUGGAACGUUUGACAAGAACAAAGAGAAAAUGCCGGAAAGUUUUUAGAGAUUCACAGUUAUGGGCGUCUUUGGGGCCAUCAUUUUGGCAGGUUUCUGGUCAUGUUACAGCUCUCUAUUAUUCACACCCAUUUGCUGUAACUGUUGUGUUUUACACCAGGGGCCCCGCUGACUGCUGGAUGUCUGUCUGAUGGGGACUACUUUUCUUCUACUGUUGAGCCUUUCAGUGCAUAGCUGGGGUGUAAAACUUUGGGUGCAAUGCUAUUCGAUUCAGGGCUGAUUGCCGAAAGCAGGGCAGCCCCAGCUCAUGCACCCCCACACCUAAAGAAGCCCCAUGGCUGUGGCAUGCUACACAGCCUCUUCUGCUGCUUCUGCCACACCCCCACAGAGCAACCCCCCUCCAACAACAACACUCCCCUCCCAGUAGAGGAAAAUGGCACUGCAGUAAAGUGCACCUGGGUGUGCUUGUCCUGCCCUCUUCCUGCCCAUCGUUGCCAGAGCCUGCCGGUCAGCUGAGGGCGGAUCCUUCAGUCUCUUUUUCUGAGUCCGGCCUGCUGGGCGGGUGGUUCUCAUGACAGACAGGAGGCCCUCUCCCUGCUCCGCGGGGCUUGACUUCAGCUUACUUCAGCUCUUUAUAGUGACUUGAUAUUCCUGGGGCUGUUUGUCACGUCUCUGAAGCCCCAAAAUAAGCCGCCGUGUGUCGCUCCUGGGGGGGACCGGGUUCACAGCUCAGUGUGGAAGUGACCCUCCAGCCAUGUCUGUGUGCGCUCUGCUGCCACCAGUGCCACGAGCCAGCCGGCAACCGGCCGCGACCCCGGGGCCCUCUGAAAGCUGCCUGGACUGCUCCAAGGACAUUGAACGUUGUGAGUUUUCUGGACCUUCUGAACAAAGUGACCAUUAUGAAUGCUGUGCUGAACAUGGUGAAAAUCACGGGUGCUGUAAGGCUUAUGCUGAACACACUGUACACAGCACUGAAUCUCAGUGCUGUACUGAACACUGUGAGACGUGUGAAGAACACAGUUCCUGUGAACACAGUGACGUCUCUCAAUGUUCUGUGGAAUGCUGUGUGUGUCCUGAGCACCACAGACCCGAAGACAGUGAUCUCUCUGAGUGCUCUGCAGAGUACUUUGAGUGCACAGAAGACCCCAGAGCUGAACAAAAUUAUAUCUCUGAAUGCUCUGUGCAUCCUGAAGAUCGGAGACCUUCAAAAGACAGUGACUUUUCUGAGUGCUCUGUAGAGUACUUUGAAUGCCCAGAAGACCAGAGACCUCUCCUCCCUAAAUGCUGUAAUGACCACUGUGAGGCUUCUGUCUCUCUGGAGGUUCCUGGACAAAAUGGAUCCAGUGAUGUUUGUCAGGUUUCUGUAGGAGUUGAUCUUUGUGAAUGUUGCAAUGCAUGCUAUGGGAAUGUUUCUGCGUUGUGUCAGGCUUCUGAAGCCGUUGAGGGAUCUGAAUCCUCCUCGUCUCCCGUGUGCUUGCAGGGUCCUGAAGAAUUUGACUCCGGUGAUUGCUCUGUGACAGAUUGUGCAGUCUGUAAUUACUUCAGAUUUUCUUUACAGAAUUUGCAUUUGAAGAACUGUACUGAGACCCCUGGGCAGAAUUGCAGUUCUUCUGACUGCUGUCCUGAAAGCUACCCAAAUGAGGACACACCACUAAGAAGCUCAGAACUUCAUACAUUAAGUAAGGAACAUGAUCUCCCUGAACAGCACUAUGAAUGCUGUGCCAUUUCUGAAGGGAAGGACUCUUUGGAACAAGGUCAGAUUAAAUACUUUAAUGAAGGUUGUGAGAUGUAUAACCAUAUGCAGACUUCUGAAGAAAGCAGGUUUUCUGAACACUGUGGUUCUGUGUCUUGGCAAAAUUUUGGGUCACUCCAGCAGCCGGAAGAUCCAUGUGAGCUUUGUGUUGAAUGCGUGGCACUACAGGAAAGUGUGCCUACACAGCCAAGUUCAUUCUCUGAGCUCCUGGAAAACAAGGAACCUGAGCAAGGCUUCUUUACUGGACCUAGUGAGUUAUUAGAAGAUGCUCAGCUCACUGCAGACCAUGUGAUCUGUUACUUGUCGAAGCGGUCUGAAUGCAGUCAAGGUGAAUGUUGCCAUAUCCUGCAACAAAAAGAGCUUUAUGUGCAAGAUCCUGAAUGCUGUGAAACCGCAGAACAAAGUGAUCUUCCUGAGUACCAGGAGACCUGUGAAAAAAAUUAUCUUUCUGAACAAUGCGGCACCUAUCCACCUAUUUCUGAACAAUGUGGGACCUACGAACAAAGUGAUCUUUCUGAGCACUGGGACACCUAUGAACAAAGUGAUCUUUCUGAGCACUGGGACACCUAUGAACAAAGUGAUCUUUCUGAGCACUGGGACACCUAUGAACAAAGUGAUCUUUCUGAGCACUGGGAGACCUACGAACAAAGUGAUAUUUCUGAACAAUGUGAGAUCUACGAGCAAAGCAAUAUUUCUGAACAAUGUGAGACCUAUGAUCAAAGUAAUAUUUCUGAACAAUGUGAGACCUUUGGACAUGAUGAACCAUCUAAUCAAAUUGUCAGUCCUGUACACAGUGUUGGACAAUGUGUGAAAAACACAAUAUGUCUCUCUGGUCAUGCUGAUGAACAGUGUGCAUUGUAUGAGUGCAUUGAGCCUUUGGGACAAAUUAAACCCCGUGACACUCAAAACAAUAAGACUCCUGAAGAUAUGAAUUCCUCACUCAAGUCCUGUCUCUCUGAAGACUGUCUGCAUUUUACACAAAGUGCAACUCCUGAGCUCUUCACAGAAAUGCAGAGUCUUGUGAAGAACAUCACUCAGCAGAACGUGGACAAGUUUGAUGAAAACUGUGUACCUCUUGGUACCUCUAAAGCAUCUGAUGGUUUUGAAUAUGGGGGGUAUUCUGAUAAAAAUAAAGUGGUAAAUGACUGCAGUGCAUCUGAACAGAGGGACCCAUCUCAGCACCAUGAGGUCCAUGAACACUAUACAUUUUCUGAGCUCAGAGACCACAGUGAUGUUCAAGAGAACUCUGUUGAUUCAUGCAUCUGUUUUGAGCAGCUGGAACCCAGUGAAUCAUGGGAGAACAUUGAAGAAUAUGAGCCAUCCAGGCAUGAGGAACACCUCACAAUUUCAGUUCUCACUGAGAUAAUUGAAACAGAGGAACCAGUGGAACACAGCAUUGAGUCAGAGGAAGCAACAGGAUACAGCCUUGAACCAGAGGUACUAACAAAACAUAGCCUUGAGGGAGGGGAACUAGCAGAGCACUGCUCUGAACCUGGAAUUCUAGUGGAACACAGCUGUGAAUCAGAGGAACUAGUAGCAUACUACCCUAAGCCAGUGGAACUUGCAGAAUGUAGCUCAGAAUCCGAGAAUUUGGCUGAACACAAUAGUGAACCAGGGGAAUCAACAGAACAUAGCCUUGAGCCAGUGAAACUAGGUAAAUGCAGCUCUGAACCAAGGGAUCAGGCAGAAGGCAGCCCUGAAUCUGGAGAACACAGCUGGGAAGCAGAGGAAGCCGCUGUACACAGCCCUGAGCCAGGGGAACUAGUAAAACAUAACUCUGAACCUAAGGAACAGGCAGAACACAACCUUGAAUCAGAUGAAUUAGCAGAACACAGCUCUAAACCCAGGGAACCAGUGGAAUGCAGCCUUGAGUCAGGGGAAAUUGAGAAAUGCUGCACUAACUCCAGGAAACCAGUGGUACAGAGCUGUGAAUCAGGGGAACUGAUUGAACAUAGCUCUGAAUCCACGGAACAGGCAGAACACCACCCUGAGCCAGAGGAACCAUCACAACAUGGCGUUAAACCAGCGGAACAGCUUGAGCCAAAGGAAAUGACAGAACACAGUCCUAAACUCGGGGAAUCUGUGGUUCUGAGCUGUGAAUCAGGGGAACUGGUAGAACAUGGCUCUGAACCGAAGGAACUGGCAGAACAAAACUCUGAGCCAGGGGAAUCAGCAGAACAUAGACUUGAACCAGCAGAACAAAGGUCUGAGCAGAGGAGAGUUCCUGGAUACAAUACUGAACUAAGCGAGCUCUCUGAUUUCAGUGCUGAGAAAAGGGAAUGGCCCAGCUCUGAACAAUGGGAACCAUCCAAUUUAAGAACAAAACCGGAGGAACCAGUUGAACGGGGAACUAAUGAAAGUGAACUAGUUAUACACAGUUUUGAACAAAGUGAACUCUCUUAUUGCGGUGUCAAGGAAAAUGAGGCACCUAAAUCCAGCUUUGAACAAAGCAUACUGCAUGACCACAGCCUUGACAACAGCCCUGAACAAAGGGUACCUCUUGGACCCAGUAUUGGAUUGUGUGAAUCUCUGAAACCAAACGAGCAUUGUGAACCCUAUGAAAUAAGCAAGAUGCCUAUACACUUGUGUGAACGCAGGAAAUCUUCUGAAGAAGCUGAAUAUUACGAACAGUUGAAGGUUUCUGAAAACACUGAACCUAGUGACCACGGUGAAUGUGCUGAAAAGAGUGAACUUGAAUGCAGUGACAAUGGUGACUUUGGACACCUGAAUAUCAUUUAUCAGAGUUCACACUCUGAAGAACUUCAUGAUGAGGCUGAAGUGUAUGAUGACGGUGAUGUCCCUGAGGACUGUGACUGUCACUACUGCACUGACUUUGAGGAACAGGUCCCAACAAAGACCCUGUUGCCUCAGAUAGAGUCCACAGAUGAGGGCAAGAUCUGUGUGGUCAUUGAUCUGGAUGAAACACUAGUUCACAGUUCCUUCAAGCCUGUGAACAAUGCUGAUUUUAUCAUUCCAGUGGAAAUAGAUGGCACCGUCCAUCAGGUAUAUGUGUUGAAACGCCCCCAUGUGGAUGAGUUUCUUAAGCGGAUGGGAGAGUUAUUUGAAUGUGUGUUAUUCACAGCCAGUUUGGCCAAGUACGCUGAUCCUGUAUCCGACUUGCUGGACAAGUGGGGGGCCUUCCGCACCCGGCUCUUCCGGGAGUCUUGUGUCUUUCAUCGUGGGAACUACGUUAAGGACCUGAGCUGUCUGGGUCGGGAACUCGGCAAGGUCAUCAUUGUGGACAACUCCCCAGCAUCCUACAUCUUUCACCCAGACAACGCUGUCCCCGUUGCUUCCUGGUUUGACGACAUGUCCGACACAGAGCUUCUUGAUCUGAUCCCAUUCUUUGAGAGACUCAGUAAGGUUCAAGAUGUGUACACUGUCCUCAAGCAGCAGAGGAAGACAAGCUAGCAUAGUUUGGGAAGGGGGGUCCCCCACCCUCUUGAACAGCACCAUCCCAGAAUUCCAUUUAUGGGAAAUGUGGGAGAGAAGCAGAAAAAAGGCUGGUGGCAACCUGCUCUUCUAAGGACUCUCAGGGCUGUGAAGAACCUACAAGCAGAACCAUGAAUCCUUACCGAUUCCAUGCAGAAUGAUGCAGAGAGGAAGUUUCUCCAGCUUGAUGCUUUUUGGCCUGUUCUGCAGAUUCAACUAAAAUGUCACCUGUUUUACGGUGAGAUGCGUGUGACUGAACUCUGGCGUCACAGUGUUCAAAAUGAAACUGAACUGUUUUGCUUUAAAAUGCUUUUUGUAGGAAAGUUAAACCUGAUCUGAGGGACAGAACAUUUUAACACACAUUCUUUGUGUUCUGAUGCAUUAAUCUCACUUGGACAGCCUGAUUGGAAGUCACCUGAGUCUUUAUUAUACUUCUUGCUUUUGAUUUUGUAUGUAUUUUUAAGAAAGAAAAACACCUUUUUCCCACUUUGAAGAGGGAGCACUGGAAGGUCCCAUUUGUUUCAGCUCCAGCCUUUGAUAGACUGGAUUAACUCCCUUCAGCUAAUGGGCCUUGCACUUCUAUCUUAGGUUCUGUCUUGUACUGUAUUUACAGAUACAUUGGUACCAGUCUGUAUGGCGAGAAUUUAUUUUUUAUACAUUUCAGGACAAAAGCGAGACAAGUCAGUUUGUUGUAUCUGUUAAAGUGGAUGUAUGUAUAUAUUUUUAUUCUGCAUUACAAUGUUGGUGAAGCGCACACUAUCUUUCUCUGUACGUUAUGCUCUGAGUACUUUCUCUUCUAUGGUAAAAAGGUCCUGCUUGGUGUAACCAGCUCAGUGCUCAGUCCCUCUGCACACUGUCUUUCUAUAGGCUUUUUUUUUUUUUUUUUUAGGAAAAAUGCAUGUUAACUGUUCUGCAUAUUAUAUGAGUAAAAUUCUAGGCAUUUGCCAUUCUGUUCUGUUAUGACUAAGGUAGUAGUAGUAUACCUGGAUAAUAGUAUUUCUUUUUGAGAGCUUGUAUUCAGUUAAAACAUGGGGUCACAUUUGACCACUGUACAAAUUCAGCAUUUUAAUUUCAAAGUGUUUUCCGCUAGGGUCAAGCCACUGUUGUACUGAGGCUAACGCCAGUGCUGUGUGACUCUGUGCAGGGGCAUUAUAGUAUUUUGGGACAUCUCCUGGAUUUCAGGGUUAAUCACCACUAUACUUUGUCAUAUUUGCAUUUAAACAGCUAGGACAAGAUGUGCACUUUGAUCUCUAAAUACUUAACCAUAUUUUAUAUAAUUGCAAAAAAAUAUUAUAUAGAACAUUUCCUGUUUUUUAUUAUUAUUUUGAGCUUGUGGGAAAAUGGUUUUAGUCUGUUAAAUGAAACUGGCAUCUGCUGCUGUCAAUGGAAACUGCUGUACAGCCACAGGACUGUACGAGAUGCUCUUUUGUCUGUAAUUAACCUAUAAAGGGUGAUUUGCAGUAAACAAGAGUAAAAAAAACACAUUUGGAAAUAACUAGUCACUGUAACUGUGUUGGUAAUUCUGAGUACAAGGUCAAGUGUUCAGCAGGAAUUUAAUUUUUAUUUUAUUUUAAACCACAUCUUAGGUCUGUUAGUCGUGCAACUCUCUGUCAACCUGCAAUUAACUUUGAGGUCAGUUGUCAUUUAUUUCUGUACCUUGUGAUUGUGGCUUCUAACACAAUGGAAGAAGCAGAUUUUAUUCCCUCUCUCCCUGUAGAGAAUGUAUCCGUAGAGUGUAUCUUCUUAACUUUCCUGCUCUGUGUCUUGUACUUUAAUUCCAAUACAUGCAAGUAUUUGUGGUCCUUGCACAUGGAAUUCAAAGAAACUAAAAUUGGCAUUAAUAUACAGGAGUUUCUGAAUGAUUUGGGAACACAGUACAAUUAACAGUAAUUGUAAUCCAGCUGUGAACAAUUAUAUAUGCAGUAUGUAAUGCAUUUUGUGUGGAAAAAUUAAAUACAAAUUAUUCCAAAUAUAA